UUCCGAACGCUGCGAAAAAAUUGAAUGCCCAAGACCCGUUGCUGCAAUGUGCUUUCAAACCCCAAGAGAUUUGAGAGCUCAUGUGUAAGAUCAUGAGCAUGUGGCAGAAGGGCGAGGUCAAAGGUCAAAAAUUGAAGCCGGCUGCGAGGAGCUUCUUGAAAGCGGACCAGGAUCUGGAAACAAUCGAGUCCGAGCGUGCGAAGAAAAGCCAGCGUGGGAAGAGGCUUGAUAGGGCAGCUGCAAAGGAACAAGAAAUGGCGCUUCUUUAUCCAUGGGUGCAACUGCAGGGUAACAAGGUCCCCAUGGUCGCGGAGGACAUGCCAGAGAACGCCGUCCCUAUCCUCCUUGAGGUCGUUGCGAAGCAGAUCUCGCUCAAGGAGAUGGAGAAGAAGUUCCAGCUUAUCAAGCAAAUCGCCUACGUCUGCAAGGCAUUUGCAGUGGGGGUGGGCGCUGCUGACUUCAAGGAGGCCGAGAAGGAGUAUCCUCUCCACACAAAGAAAGAGAUUUUGGAGAAGUUCGUUGGUGGCAUUAGAAGGGGUCAAACGAGUAUCCCCGCACUGGAUGGCCAUAUUAAACGGGCUAUUGAAUGGAAGAACAAGGAGAGGAGACUGCAAGCAAAAAACGCUAUUCACACGUUCCGUACGAAACCUUUUGUGGAACCGUUCGUCGAGUGGACGGAGGUGACACACGACAACGACUCGGCGGAAGUGAAAAUUAUCAAUGGCGACAUGCGCUUGUUGUCGAAGCUGCAGACAGAAAAGCUGCCGAUAUCUCUGGCUAUUUUCGACUUCCCUUACGGGUUCGCACAUGAGGGCCACGCAUCUGAUAAUGAGCCGUUUCCGGAGUCGGACGUUGUGGAGGUUCUUCACAAUCUGAAGGACGUUUCCAAUGCCCCGUUGUGGACAGUUGCGGGAUUUUGUUCCGUGGACAUGCUUCCUUCCAUCCGCGCCAUAGCGUGCGUCAAGGCAAAUCGGAAUUGCCUUGUGGUGGAGAUAAACACCAAGUGCACUAAGGGCAUCGCCACGAGGCUUCUGACAGACAUCGGCGGCACACUUGCGCGCGAAACGCUAAAGCGGAAAGAAAACUUCGCACAAGGCAGCCCGACCUCUAAGUUGUCUGGGGAUACGAAGUCUGCCGAAAAUGAACUCGUGCCCGAUGAAAACAUGGGCACUGCUGCUGGAGUGGCGGACAGCGCUGAGGCUGUCGUUGUCGGGCCAUCAGGUGCGAGUUUGCCCACUGUCGAGGCUGUUGCCGGCCCGUCCUUUGUGGAGCAAACUAUUACCGGUGCUGAGCCCGCUUUCGCUGUGCCUCUUCUCGGUGAGGGUAGACCCGUGCCUGCUUCCAUGCAUGAGCCCGGCGUUGUUCCUGACGCUAGACCAGAGGCUGAGACGCAACCUGCGUCCGGGCCUGUUCCCGCUGCUGCAAAUGCUCAGCAAAGUGUCUUGAGCCUCGCCAUGAGCCAGGAAUCGAGCGGGACCACGACUGGCGGAAGAAAGGGGCGCAAACGAAAGGCAGGCGGUGAAGAGGUGUCGAGUCCGCAUGGUGGGGUAGCGAUUGGCCUCAAGGCCAAUACUCACUCACGGACUGCGAAGUGACUGAGGCCACACCGUAUCCUUUGGAUAUAGGCCUAUAUAUCAUGUGGGGACACGCACUUUCGAUAUAGGCCUAUAUUGCAUA